CAUCAUCAUGCCUUCUUGGGUAGCCUUCCCCAGCCUCAUACUACUUUGGGCAGAUGUUGUUGUUUCUCAGACACGCGUGACUGGAGUUGUGGGACAGUCUGUCACGCUACCGUGUACCUACUCAACAGCUGGUGAAAUCGCACCCAUGUGCUGGGGCCGAGGGCCUUGCCCUUUAUCCAAAUGCUCAAAUACACUCGUUUCGACCGAUGGCUACCAUGUCACCUAUGAGAAGGACAAACGUUUUAGGAUGAAUGGAAUCAUUUCCAGAGGGGAUGUGUCUCUAACCAUACAGAAUGCAGCCCUGUCUGACACUGGCACCUAUUGUUGCCGUAUUGAGUACAGUGGGGUUUUUAAUGAUUAUAAAGGGAAUAUAUUUUUGGAGAUAAAGCCAGCUCCAACCACAGUUCCAACACCACCUAAGGUUUUCAGCUCUGCUCCUACAACUCCAGGGACCACGAAGAAUGUCAUGACAGCUCCAACCACUGCUCCAACACCACCUAAGGUCUUCAGCUCUGCUCCUACCACUCCAAGGACCACGAAGAACCUCAAGACAGCUCCACCUAAGGUCACCAGUGUUCCAACACCACCUAAGGUCUUCACCUCUGCUCCUACAACUCCAGCACCAACACUGAACCAUAAGACAGAAACCACUUCAUCUUCGCCAGUGCAGACAACAGAAACCCCGCCUAUUACACCACAGGAAACAAGUACGACCAGCUCAUUGUUGAACUCUUCUCGUCCAACAGAUGGGAAUAGCACCGUGACCCAGCCUUCAGAUAGCGGUUGGCAAUACAAUGAAACUGACACAAUCUUGAAACAAAAUACACAGGAGAACACCAGUAAGUUGUACAUUGGACUCUGCAUUGCUGCCAUGAUAUUGCUCACCAUUUUGGCUGCCAUACUUACCCAAAAAUAUUUAUGUGGGAAAAGAAUGGUGUUGCAAAUAAGCAAAGAACCUCAGACCGGAACUUCCCAAAAUGGAACUGCAGUGCGCUACCAAGCACAGGAAAAUAUUUACUUUGAGAACAGUCUUUACAACGUGCCUGAAGACCCAGCAUAACUCCAAGGCUUGAGGUCCUUGACUGCAGAAGGCAAUGACUAGAUCUCACCAUGUCUGUCCUUUUAAGCUCCAGGAUGAUUUUUAUGUCAAUAUUUCAUAGCGUUCCAACAUGUCUGUGAUGUUAAUGUCUUUAGCUCUCACUGCAUAGUCAACCUCAUUGGUAAUUAGUCUUAAUUUUUUAUACUAAAAUUGGCUCAAUCUUUCUGGUCAUAGCAGAGCCCUCUCCUAAAUAUGAACUGAACACUUUAGAAUUGUUUAUUCUGUUUCAACCUUAUGAAUCCUGUAUCCAUCAAGACUUCUCAUUGGGUUGACAUGAAAUGAACCAAUACCUUGGUCACUAAAACUGUCACAAAGAGGGGAAUAGGACUUAAAAUCAGCAAAUUCGAUUUGGAACUUAAAUGAAUUCACUUGGAAGC